GUCUGCGCUUUAUGAGCCCAUUGUUCAGUAAUUUUUCCCGCCUCUAUACUUGGAUGCGUCAUGCGGACUUGAAAGGGUGUUCGUAUCUUGUAGUCUGAGGUCGCUUUAUUUUUCCUCGGCCGCAGAAAAUCAAAGAACAUGUAGGACGUGCAGAGAGCAAUGAGGCGGAGUUCCCACCUGCUUACACUGUACUCGGCGUUUACUUCGACCUCCCGUAUCGAUACCAGAACAUGAAACAAUUGAGGCGUUUCUCCGUGCCUUCGUUCUUCGUCACCAUCACGCAUCCGGCAUACAGCAACAAGAAUGAUCCAGAUUGUCGCAUCCUGCCUAAUAGCAUGAUACAUUUUCCCAAGAGUCCACCGCGUAGCACCAUUAAAUACGGCAUCUCAAUUACGGAAGCGGUCAAACAUGUGAAAUGGACGAUGCGCUAUAAAAGCAACUACACGGAAAUGGCCAUAUCUUUCUCCAUGCGUUGCAGUGUCUAUUUGCUGGGUGUGACCAGCGCUUUGUACACGCCCUGCACAAACAUCUUGCGGUCCUACAACAGUGCUCCAAACCGCCUCUGCAACACAAAACACGCGUCCAACUACCUCUACGACAACGAAACUUUUGCUGAUUACACCUUCUACGUUGAUAAACCCCCAAGGAGCACAUUGAUGACCUUCGACUCUGACGCCGGCAUCAAGUCAAAGGUCUGCUGGGUGGCGGCAACAUUACCCGAACGUUCCCAUCCUCGCCGUGGCUUACGACGUGGACUAUGAUGCCAGCGACGAGGGUUGCCCUGCUCUGCACCUGCGUCAGGGUGCCUACAGACGCCUGAGACUGCUCAAGGAUUUGAACACUUACGUGCGAUAUAACUUUACAGAUCUUCAGAGCUGCCUUGACACUCAUUUCUGACUAAUUUCAAAAACAUAACGCAACCUGCGAAGUGCACAUCUGCGUUGAAACAACGCAGAUGAAAGCAAGUAAAUCGCGGUUGGCUGCUUCGUGCCAUCCUUUUUUGGGGGGGGGGGGGGGGGUAAUUUUAAUCGAUAUACGAAGGCGUCGAUUAUUUAGCUCUGAUGAGCUCUCGAUCUCCUUAUUGGCUGCAGCAAUUUUUAGUGCAUGCAAAUAAAGGUGAUGUUAUUUUAUUGCCGUUUUAGAUUGUAAGAGAAACGUGGGGUAGUUGGUGAACGUUCGUUAUAUGUAUACAAAUUGGCGUUAGAACAGACGAGGGCUACCAAAUAGAGGUACACAAGUUAGCUACGGCUGGCAAAUACUUAUCUUUAUGAAAAAUACUUUUUCUUUGUCACGUUGUUCCGUGAAGAUAUAUUUAUCUUUCGCUAAUAAGUUGUAGUUUCGAGUCACCACUCCUGCGUGUACUUCUUGGACUUUGUUCUAGCACUGUUUGGUCAACUAUGAGUGAGAGUUAGAACCUCUUUCCGUGGUUCUUACGUGCCAAAACCAGCUCUGAUUAUGAGGCACGCCGUAGUGGAGGGCUCCGGAUUAAUUCUGAUCACCUGGGAUUCUUUAAUGUGCGCUACAAAGCAAAGCAAGCACACUGGCGUUUUUGCAUUGCGCCUCGAUCGAAAUGCGGCCGCCGUGGCCGGGAUUCGAUCCCGCGACCUCUUGCUCAGCAGCGCAACGCCUUAGCUGCCUGAGCUACCCCGGCGGGUCAAGAGUUAGUACUGAAUUGGCAUUGCAUGUUUGUUAGACCAAGAGAAAAAGUGUAUAAAAAUUGUUUGAAUGGAGGACUUGGCCACCCCAUUUGCGGUGGCCAUUACGAAGCAUAAAUUUGAAAAAUAAACUCAGGCUGAACCCAUCCUCUCUGAUGGUUCGUUAAUGCCAUUAGCAAUAAAAUGAGGUUACACAUGUAAUUUUGGUUGUGGUAGAUUGAUUUUGUGUAGCUUCCGAGGCUAGCGCACCUAAAGCCCCUCCAUGCACGUUUUUGCCGACCAGGUGGCGCGUAGGUGGAGGGGCUUUAAGCGCACCGGUGGCGCUUCGGUGCGUGGUAACGCUGUGAAAUUAUCCCUCCUCGCCUAGCCGCGAUCGUGGCUUAGCGGAUACAGCAUCGGUCUACUGUGCUUAGGGACCCAGGUUAAACACCAACCAGUACCGAAGUGUUUCAAGUCUUUCCUUUUAUCAGAAGAACUGCCGCAGUGAAGAGGCUAGAAACAUGAUACAAACCGCAAAGUGGGGGGAAGUAGGCUAAAAAUGCUAAUAGCAUUAAAGGUUACAAGCGAUUGCUCGUCAGAAGUGUACACCUUGCAUACAAGUCCCUGUCUGUAGGGGUAAAACUUGCGCACGUUUAUUCUGCUUACGAAGCCUACUCCUCCUCAUAGCAUGCGUGGAUGUCGAUCCACCACCGCAAUGAACGCUGCACCAAGGCCCAUCAUCACUCAGCAGUACUUUAGUACCUGCAACGCAACGGCUACUUAGCUGAUAAUCACGUGCAUGGUAUGAGCGAAUAAAUGUGAGAAAAAAAUUGGAGGACGCUUAAGCUUCGGCUUUAAGGGUGCAACGCGAUAGCGUUAUCGGGACCUGUUCGCAUCGCAUCGUUCGCAACCGGCAGGUGGGCUUCAUUCACUGCAACACAUAACGUGGGAAAGCCAGCCCACAACGACCAAGCUUACACCGAUCCUCUUAAAGUCGGCUUCACUUUUAAACUGAAAUGCAUUGCUGGAAAGACGUUUUUCCAGGGGCAAUAUAGGUGGUCUUA